AUGUACUGGAAUCUGUACCGCCGUCUCCAGUCUCUCCGCAACUCAUCGCCUGAUGUUGGCCCCUCCUUUGAUUCUAGAAACGGCAGUGAUGAAGCAGCAUCCUUCCGGCAGCAGAAAUUGGAAUACCAGCGCCGUAUCAUUGAAAAGAAGCAGCGCCGCAAGCGUCAGGAACCUCUCAUGGUGCAGGCCAACAUGGACUCCAAGGUGAAGGGUCGUCGCGGGGGGCUCAAGCCGGAGGAACGUGUCCCACUGAUGGAGUCUUGCAGCGAGCACAGCUUGUGCAAUGGUACAAACAAUCCUUUCCUUGUGGAAUCUGUCCCAGAGGCUCACUUUGGCAUUCACCCAUGGAGCAGCUCUAAGCAAGUGAAUCGGAUCCACAACGGCCAAGGAGAAAGUGCAGAGACCUCCCCACCAGAUUUCUCUGAUGAGGUGGAGCUUGAAGAGGCCAUUUUGGAAGAAACCCAGCCUAUCGGCAAGAAGGAGUUAGAGCCCAAGAAGGGCUGGCAGGCCAAGCAGAGAGAAGGGCGAUCCAGUGCUCAGAGGCGUGAGCAGUCUUCCAGAUCGAAGAAGGAAUUCUCAUCCCCAAGCCGGGACAUACCAUCUGUCAUCAUGGAUGUGAAGGAUUCCAAGGAGAGCCCCCAGAAUGAAGGCUUGGAAUCUGCAGAGUCCGAGGAUGCUCAUAGUGAGCUGUAUAACACCUGUUCUCUCCAGAGCAACUCUGGAAGCGAGGAAGAGGCAUCCCAGGAACUGACUGUACCACCCUCACCCAUGAAGAAGCGCCGUGACAGGAUGCUUGUGCAAAGAGGGUCUCUCACCAACGGAACGAGGAGUGUGAGUGAAGAUGAUGAAGAUGAAACAGAGGAUGCCGAUUUCCAGGAGGAUCAGGAGGACACGCUGAGCAGGGUCAUGUACACCCGUGAGGAGAUCGGCGUGUCUAAUACUCCGAGUGGGGAAUCAAGCAUCCCGAUGUCCCUCAAGGUGGACGACAUAGAGGCGUUUGUUCUCAAACCUUGUCCUCAGGGGAGCACAGUCCAGUGUCGCAUCACACGGGACCGGAAGGGGAUGGACAAGGGCAUCUUUCCUUUCUACUACCUGCAUCUUGAGAUGGAAAAUGGAAAAAAGCGUUUCCUCAUGUCUGGACGGAAGAGGAAAAAGAGCAAGACUUCCAAUUACCUCAUUUCUCUGGAUCCCAUCGAUCUGUCACGGUGCGGGGAGAGUUUCAUUGGAAAAGUCAGAUCAAACGUGCUGGGAACCAAGUUUACCGUGUUUGACAGUGGAAUCAGCCCAGAGAAGAAACCUUUUGUUCCAGAAUCAGCUGAGCUGCGGCAAGAGCUGGUCGCCAUUUGCUAUGAAACAAAUGUCUUGGGCUUCAGGGGCCCACGGAAAAUGACGGUGAUACUCCCCGGCAUGUCCUCGGACAAUGAAAAUGAGAGGAUUUGUAUCCGGCCUAAAAAUGAACACGAGACCUUACUGAUUCGGUACCAGAACCGGAACAUGCAGAACCUGAUCAAACUCCACAACAAGAUGCCAGCCUGGAACGAGGAGACCCAGUCAUAUGUCCUGAACUUCCACGGACGUGUCACCCAGGCCUCCGUCAAGAACUUCCAGAUCAUCUCGGAUGACGACCCCCAGUACAUUGUGCUGCAGUUUGGCCGUGUGGCACCCGAUGUGUUCACCAUGGAUUACCGCUACCCGCUCUGUGCGCUUCAGGCCUUCUCCAUCUGUCUAUCCAGCUUCGAUGGGAAGCUUGCUUGCGAGUAG